AAGUAGUGUGACAGAAAAAACCUACUCUCGUCUCCUUUUAAAAUAAGUUCAACUACAUAGGAAUCACAAAUAUAUUUUUAAUUUUUUUACUUUAUAUUAUACUAAAGUUUGUAAAUCUGUUACAGAUUACUGUAAUAUAUUAAUAUAUUCUACCAUUAAUCCAGCUCAGAUUCUCCCACAAUCAGAUUCAAAAAAUAGAGCAGAAGAGAGAGAGAGAGGAGAGAGAGAGUAGUGUACAGAUGGAUCUAGCUCUGUGAGAAGAGAACAUUAAAUACCAUUUCGUCUUUGAUUUAUCGUUUCUGGUCAUUCCGGAUACACACUUGGCUCACCUUUGGAUUUCACUGUAAUGGAGGAUGUGAAAAUUGCUGAAAAUAAAUUUCCUCCAGAAGCCUCUGCUUCCCAAAAUAGUGAUUAUUCGAGUAAGGAAGCUCCAGAAAACCAAGAUACUAAUGGAGAAAUGGAACCUAUCUGCAAGGAAUCAUUGAUGGAUAAUUCUAAAUCAGCAUCUGCGCAGGAUGCUUCUGGGGCCCCAACUCUGGAACAUGGUCAACUUCUUCAAACAGAAAAUAUUGUUUCAACCUCUCCUGUUACAGUUGAUGAAACAGUACCUAAUCAUCAGGGGACUGUGGCUGACGAUUCUGAAACUAAAGCUUUGCAACAUACUCCUGAUCAAACACUUGUUGAACCAAAGGUUACCUCCGAUGAACUUACAAUUGAGCAAGAAUCCUCACUUCCAUCAACCAAGAAUCUGGAGACAAUGGAGUCCCAGAAAGAGGAAAACACAACAUGCCUCUCAGAACCAAUUGCAUCACAUACCUUAGAAGAAAAACCAGAUGAUGCUUUAGUGCAAUCUCAAGAAGGUGGUUCUAAUAGUAGUGCCCACAUUCAUGUUGAUGAUGUAAUUGUAUCUACUGCUUCACUCCCUCAAGUGGAAGGCUCUGAAAAAGACCAUCAUUUGGUGCGCUCCAGUGAGGCUGCUCAGCACCUAGACAAGGUUUCUGGGGUUACUGAUGAAUCACCAGAAACCAUCGACCAUUCUGAAGAUCUCAAAAAGGAUGACAUAAAUCAAGGUCUAAUUGAUACAGCUGCACCUUUUGAAUCUGUUAAAGAAGCAGUUUCCAAAUUUGGGGGAAUUGUUGAUUGGAAAGCCCACAAAGUUCAGACUGUGGAGAGACGCAAGCUCAUAGAACAUGAACUUGAGAAAGCACAACAAGAGAUUCCAAUGUAUAAGAAACAGACUGAAGCUGCUGAAGAUGCAAAAAUGCAAGUGUUGAAGGAGCUAGACAGCAGUAAGAGACUCGUAGAAGAAUUAAAACUUAACCUGGAGAGAGCGCAAACAGAAGAACAUCAAGCUAAACAGGAUUCUGAACUUGCUGAGCUCAGGGUGGAAGAGAUGGAACAAGGGAUUGCUGACGAGGCUAGUAUUGCAGCCAAGGCACAGCUUGAGGUUGCCAAAGCAAGGCAUGCAGCCGCGAUCUCUGAGCUGAAAACUGUGAAAGACGAGUUGGAGGAACUUCAAAAAGAUCAUGUUUUAUUGGUGACUGAGAAAGAGGCAGCUGUGAAGAGAGCUGAGGAGGCUGUUUCUGCAUCCAAAGAAGUUGAGAAGACAGUGGAGGAACUGACUAUUGAGCUGAUCUCCACAAAGGAGUCCUUGGACUCCGCACAUGCUGCCCACCUGGAGGCCGAGGAACAGAGAAUUGGAGCAGCUAUGGCAAGAGAGCAAGAUAUUCUCCACUGGGAGAAGGAAUUGAAGCAGGCAGAAGAGGAGCUAGAAAGACUAAACCAGGAAACUAUGUUGGCAAAGGAUCUAAAGUCAAAGCUGGAUUCUGCUUCAGCCUUGUUAACCGACUUAAAAGCUGAACUAGCAGCUUAUAUGGAAUCAACGUUGGCACAAGAAACAGCUGAAGGAGGACAGUCAAAAGGUGAGCUAGAAGAACUUGAGAAGAAAACUCAUACUGAUAUACAGGCAGCAGUUGCUUCGGCCAAGAAGGAAAUUGAAGAAGUGAAGCUCAACAUUGAGAAAGCGACUGCCGAAGUAAAUUGCUUGAAGGUGGCUGCCACAUCAUUAAAGUCGGAGCUUGAAAAGGAAAAAUCCACGCUGGCCACCAUUAGGCAGAGAGAAGGAAUGGCAUCAGUCGCAGUUGCAUCUUUAGAAGCUGAGCUGAAGAGGACUAAAUCAGAGAUUGCUCUUGUUCAGAUGAAAGAGAAAGAAUCAAGAGAUAAGAUGGUGGAGCUGCCCAAGCAAUUACAGGAGGCAGCUCAAGAGGCAGAUCAGGCAAAGUCCCUGGCUCAAAUGGCUCGUGAGGAGUUGCUGAAGGCAAAGGAAGAAGCAGAACAGGCAAAGGCUGGAGCAAGUACAAUGCAGAGCAGACUACUUGCUGCUCAAAAGGAGAUAGAGGCUGCAAAGGCUUCAGAGAAGUUGGCGCUAGCAGCUAUCAACGCGCUGCACGAGAGUGAGUCAGCUCGAAGUACCAAUGAUGAUGAUUCACCCACCGGAGUGACAAUUUCUUUAGAGGAGUACUAUGAGCUCAGCAAGCGGGCCCAUGAAGCAGAGGAGCAGGCUAACACGAGGGUGGCUGCUGCCAUAUCCCAAAUCGAGGUAGCCAAGGAAUCUGAGUUAAGAAGUUUGAAUAAGUUAGAGGAAGUUAAUCAGGAGAUGAAUACAAGAAAGGAAGAAUUAGAAAUUGCAAUGCAGAAGGCUGAAAAGGCCAAGGAAGGGAAGUUGGGUGUAGAACAGGAGUUGAGAAAGUGGAGGGCUGAACAUGAGCAACGGCGAAAAGCUGGUGAAGCUAUUCGAGUUGCAAACUCGAGUAAGAACCAAAAGACAAGCUUUGUGGAGGAGAAAGAAUCAAAGACUAUUGCCCAAUUACCUGCCCAGUUGCCUGAUGCUCCCUCAGCUAUCCAUCAUAGGUCGAGCCCCAGUGCAUAUGUGUACGGAAGUAAUUCUGAGACUGAUUCUUCAUCAGAAGUUAAGUUGGUUAAGAAAAAGAAGAAAUCAUUCUUCCCACGGGUUUUCAUGUUCUUGGCCAGAAGAAAGGCACAUGCAUCCAAGUCUCACUAAAUUGCAGAUUUUCUUGUUGAUUGUGUUUUGCCUCACUUUUUUGGGCAUUUUUUUCUAUUGGGAAUGCAUUUUGACAGAAUUCCUACACUGUACAUGUUACAUAUUUUUAGGUAUGAUAAAGUCGAUGUAAUUUUCCUCACCGAAAGGAUGGAGUGAUUGGAGGAGUGUUUGGAAGGAGUCAAAUAAGUUUGUAACUGGUGCUAGAUCGAGGAGAAAGAUAAUAAUAAGGUGGUUCUGUAAUGUAUAGGGUAGUGCUUUGGAUUUGAAAAGUUGUUAAUUUUAUAUGAGGUUCCUACAAGUUUGAUUCUAAAGAAGAGUUUGGGUUUCUGGGAGUGAACUUGUGUGGACUCGUUUGUUGAAAAUUUGAUAUAAUUAUGUCCUCAUUAUGAUUGGGGAUUUGUGUUUGUUAAUGGAGAAAAGAUUUGAUAUCAUA